CACGGCUCACCGAGACAGACAUCCGACUCGUCACUCACGCUCAGACUAGCGACAGCAACGGUCCCCACCUGCUGAAACCAAAUCAACGCAAAUCGACGCACACGCGUACUCAUCCAGUUUACUCAAAUUUGUCAUUUUUUUGUUCGAACAAGAUGGUUCACCAAACUGCCUGCGCCAAGAUCGUGGACGAGGAAGCGGACGAGUCCCCGCGCGAGCUCGCCAACCAGCAGCGGCUGGAAGCGCAGGAAAUCGAUUCCGCCGAAGGCUCCAACAACAUCGUCGGGGACGCAGACAUCACCGGCAUCGGCGGCGUCCAUCGCUCCAAGCAGGCCGGCGCGGCUCCGACGACACAGCAGCAGCAGCGGAGCGACACCCUCCCCAGGAUCAGCAACGUCGUGCCGGAGCUCGACCUGGUGAACGCCCGCGACCAUCAGGGCCGCAGCCCGCUCUACCUGGCUGCGCAGUCGCGCGACCUCGACAACGUCCGUCUGCUGCUGGAGCACGGCGCCGACCCCAAGAUCCGCACGGCCGACGGCAGCUCUGUGCUGCUGGGCGUCUUCGACGAGUCGCUCCUCGACUCGAUCCAGCAAAAGGAGGGCAAGGACGAGGCCUGCCGGCGUGUGCUGCUACAACUGCUGGACGCCGGGGCGCCGAUGAACAGCGUCGACUCGCGAGGCCGCAACGUCCUCCAUCUGGCCGCCGAGCUGAAACUCGAGGAGAGCCUCAAGCUGCUGCUCGACCGACGCGGCUCCGAGCUCGACCUCGAGGCCAAGGACCACGAGGGUCGUACUGCACUGCACGUCGCCGCCCAGACCCGCAACAAGAACAUCGUCGAUCUGCUGCUCGCCGCGGGGGCCAACGUCGAGAGCUACACGCACGAGCACAAGUCGGUCCUGCACUCGCUGCUCGACGAGAGCAUCGAGAGGCCCGAGGAGAAGGAGGAGGUCAACGGGAUCUUCGACAAGCUCGUGAAGGCGGGCGCUCAGGUCACCGCCCUGGACAAGCGCCGCCAGAGUCUGCUGCAUCUGGCCGCGGAGCACGACUGCAAGGACAUCUUCCAGAAGCUGCUGCCCGAGUUCGCCGACUACAGCGGCAUCACCACCUGGGGCUGUACGGCCAUCCACACGCUGCUCUGCAGCAUCGACGAGAACGACGGCGAGGGCAAGCGAUCCAAGGAGGAGCUCGACCAUUGCUCGACGACGGCGCUCGACGGUGACGACGACGACGAUGUCACCCCCCCAGCAGCGGCAGCCGACGACAAGAAGAAAAUCGAGCCCAAGAGCUACGACGAGCUGCUCAAGGACGUCUUCGAGAAGGACCAGAGGGUCGCCUUCGUCAAGGACGACGAGGGUCGACUGCCGAUACACCUCGCGGCCAAGUACAAGCACCCCAAGACCCUGGAGCUCAUCUUGAAAAAUUACGCCAAGGAGCAGACGACGAGUAGCGAGCAGCAGCCAACAUCGCCGUCUAAGCAAUGAGUCUCGUGUUUCUGUUAAUAUUAAGUACGUGUCCAUACACACGCGUCCAUGUAAAUCUUGUAUAAACUAUUAUUAUUGUCACGAAGCUUUAUCGUAUUGACUGAGAAACAAUGUUUACCACUUAAACUUGUAGAUAAUUUUCUAAAU